AUGCAAUGUCAUUGUUCAGGAUUGUAUACUAGUGCAGCUGCCAAUGAACCUCGCAAACGUAAAUUGAAGAAAAAAGGAUCAAAAAAAAUACAGGCGAUUUGUCCAGCUGAAAUUGUAAUCAAACAAAGUAAAUCUGACAGUAAAUUUUAUGUAACUUAUCAAAGCACUCAUGUGGCACACGAUGUUGGCGAUAAAAACCAAUUACAGCAUAUGUACUUGGAUAAAUCAAAAAAAUUUGAUUUGGGUGGUCAACUCGCAGCUGGUAUUCCACAUACAGUUGUUUAUCAAAAUGAAAUUGAAUCUGUAAUUGGCGGUAGUCGUGAUAAUAGAAAGCAGAAUGUCACAAAAUGUGAUAUAUGUAAUACAAAGUAUCGAUAUGCUCCUGAAAAGUAUCAGAAAAAAGAUGACAAACAAAAUGUUGCCGAAUUCUUAGAGAAAAAUAAGUCAUCCAUUCUUUAUUUCAAGAAUAAAAAGGACGAUCGUAUUACCUCAUCUAUGAAGGAGUUUCAGAAUUCUAAUUCUCACCCAUUUGAUAAAGAUGAUUUUGUUCUUGUUUUCAUGAAUGAAGAUCAGAGAAAAGCUGCGAGAAUAUUAGCACCAAAUCGCGUUGUGUGUAUGGAUGGUACCCAUGGAACGAAUCCUGAGAAAUACCUUUUGCACACAAUGAUGGUGUUGACUUUUAAUCAGGAGGGAUUACCUGUUGCUUUUCUUCUCACGAAUAGAAACGAUGAACUUGUGUUGACUUGCUUUCUACAGUGUGUGAAGCAAGCUGUUGGCGAAUUGACAAUCAAAACACUGAUAACUGACAUGCAAAUGUCAUACUACAAUGCCUGGGUUAAUGUUAUGCCUAAUCCACAAUACUUCCUCUAUUGCACAUGGCAUGUAGAUCAAGCUUGGAUUCGUCACUAUUCAAAAAUCGAUAAAUUAAAACUUCAGCACCUAAAGACUCUACUGUAUGAUGUACAGCAAGAAUUGGAUGAAAAUAGAUUCACUAUUCUCCUCGAAGAGUUCAUUGAGCAAGAAGAUCCAGAAUAUUGUGAAUUUUUGAAAUAUUUUGUUUCAAAUUACUAUGGAAAAGCCGAUCGAUGGGCAUAUUGCCACAGACAGUUUGCCGAGGUCAAUGUAAACACGUAUCUAGAGUCGUUUCACAAGCAUCUGAAAUACGAUGGCAUGGGAUUUAACGGGCUAAAAGUGAAAUCUAUGGGAUCGUGUGUUAAUGGAUUGGAGAGGUAUGUGGUUCACCUGUUUCGAGAAGAAGAAAAUAAGCGCAUCUAUGGCCACACUCCUGUAAAACUAAAAAAAUUGGAUAAGUGA